GUAGUGGUAUCGGCCAUGUCUAAGGUGACAGAUAUGAUGUUUGACCUUAUCAAUAAGGCACGAUCAAGAGAUGAUUCCUACAUCUCUGCAUUGGAUGCUGUCUUAGAAAAACAUAAUUCUACAGCACUUGAUUUGCUUGAUGGAGAUGAUCUUGCUACUUUCUUAUCUCAACUGCAUCAUGAUGUUAGUAACCUCAAAGCAAUGCUUCGUGCAAUAUAUAUAGCUGGUCAUGUCACAGAAUCUUUCUCAGAUUUUGUUGUUGGACAUGGGGAAUUAUGGUCUGCUAAAUGUUAUCAUAUGUUGUUGGAAAGAAUGGGAUAGAUUGCAAAUGGAUGGAUACAAGGGAGGUACUUAUUGUAAAUCCCA